AUGAACAAUGGAUCAGUAAAGGAUAUAUUAAAGGAUAAGAAAAAGGUUCGAUUUGUGGCUGAAAGUGCAUUCAAAUAGGUGGAUAAAGAUGGAAGCGGUUACCUUGAAAGACCAGAAUUGGAAGAGGUUAUGAAUAAUGUAGCAGCUGAUUUAGGAGUUGAACCACCCACAAGUGAAGAAAUUGAUGAAGUUUUAAAAGAAUUGGAUGAUAACGGAGAUGGAAAAUUAUCAAUUGAUGAGUUCUAAGUACUCAUAGAGUAAGUUCUUGAAAUGAUGGCAAAGGUCGAAGGAUGAAAUGAAUAAUAUGCAUAUAUCUUAUUAUUUUAUGGUCCAAAUAAUAAUAUCAAAAAUAUACAUUAAGAAAAAA